CAUGGGGAGGGGGAGGGGGAGGGGGAGGGGGGAAGGGGGAAUGUCUCAAACUUUAAUACUGGUUUUCUUCCGCAGUAGCAAAGACCAAUUCUGUUUUAAUUCAUCUCCGGUCGCGUGAUAGCUCGGCUGUGUUCAAACUUGAAAGUUCUAGGAAAGGUCUCAAGGUUAAAUCCGUGAGUCCACUCAAUAUCAGAUACAUAUCACUUUCAGUAAGAACGCCUUCAGUCAUGGAACACGUAUCUGAAAAUGUUGCACAACCAAUUGAGCUACUUCAUGGAGUUGAGGAUAAAUAUGAAGGUGUCAUUAUAGAUAUGAAGGACCCCUUGGAUUCUGAGGUCUUUGUUGAUACUCUUAGAGCUUCAAUAUCUAAAUGGAGGCAAGAGGGUAAGAAAGGUGUUUGGAUAAAACUUCCUAUUGAACUUGUAAACCUUGUUGAAGCUGCUGUGAAGGAGGGGUUCUGCUACCACCAUGCUGAGCCAAAAUACUUGAUGCUUGUAUAUUGGAUUCCUGAAACUGCUAAUACUAUACCUGCAUAUGCUUCACACCGAGUUGGUGUCGGUGCUUGCGUGAUAAAUGACAAAAGAGAGGUCAAAACCAUUGGGAUUAGGUUUACCUUAUCCAUCUGAUCCAACUGUUGAGUAAAUCUGGUGAUUGUCCAGGAAGAAGUAUGCAAGUGGGAUAGUUUGAGACAGUGCCCCUGCCGGUGCCUCACUUUUCCUUCCUGGUCAUACUGUGGUACUCUUGAGCUAUACUAAACACACUAGCUUGUUUUGAGAUAUCAUGUUCACAUCUUCAGUUUUUUUAACCAUUUAGAGCAGACAUACAAAAUUAAAUAUGGAGAUAAAGACGGGCUCUCACAUACACACCACCCGCACAACCCAAACCACAUGUAGUAUUGUAUGGAAUGGGCAGUAUCACUCUUCUAUAAGUGGAGUAUUUGGACACUUGUAUGCCAAGAAGAAUAUACUGGAAGAGGUGAGAUACUGGUUCACACUUUAUUUUACUAAAAUGGACAAGAGCAUGCAGGAACUGUUGGAUAGUUCUGAAGUUCCCUUGUUAGAUGGACAGCCUAUAUUUAUUAGCAUAUGGAAGAAUGAUGCAGUUCAAGGAAGAACACUGUUCAUGUGGUACUGUUCACAUGAUACUAUUCAUAUGAACCUGGUGUGGCUCCAUGAAGCUAGCUUGUGUGGGAGAGAUGGAGCUGCAAAGAUCUUUUAGUAGUUACCAUUUUGUUUUAGUUUCUGUUCUUGUGAUGGGCUUGUAGUCAUUAAAAGUUGUAGCAACCAAGAGUCUUUUCAUUUUAUUAAGUUUCUAAUUUUUGUAAUACCAAGGGGUCUUAUUUUAGAAGUUCCUAAAUAUCUUGGCAGUCAAGUAACCCCACACAUUAGAAGGGUUGCUAAUUUUGUAUUGUGGUUAUUGGUUAUUAUAAAUAAAGAGGAAGGGGCAGUUAGCCCGCAAAUUUUAUGUUUGACAAAA